GGGCACAACUGCACAAGCCCACCACAAACAAGCAAAGAAUCCAUCCACACUACUCCUACAUAGUACAUGGAGUACAUACAAGUUACAACUACUCGAUCAGCAUCGCCAUUGCUGCAUCACCAUCACCUCCAUGAUCGAUCUCAUCAUACACACACUGACAGAAGAAUACACGAGACAUUCAGACAUUCAGAGAGAGGAGUGAUCACUGUACUGUACAGAGGCUAGCUCUAGCUAGGUAGCUAAGGUAGGUAGAAGGUAGAGGAAAUAAGAAGCAUAUAUGGAUCCACGGCUGCACAAGGCGGCGGUGCAGGGGAACACGGCGAGCCUGGCGGCGCUGCUGGGGGAGGAGCAGGGCGGCGGCAAGAUCCUCAACUCGACGACGCCGCAGGGGAACACGGCGCUGCACAUCGCCGCCGGGCUCGGGCGCGUCGCGUUCGCCGAGGCCGCCGCCGCCGAGCACGGCGACCUCCUCGUCGCCAGGAACGACCAGGGGGACACGCCGCUGCACCUCGCCGCCAGGGCCGGCAAGAUGGCCGUCGCCGACAUGCUCAUCACCUUCAUCACCAUGGCUGGGCCUUGUUGGCCGGAGGAGGAGCCACUGAUGAUGAUGAACAAGACACGGAACACGCCGCUGCACGAGGCGGUGAAGCAGCGGCGGAGCGCGGUGGCGCUGCGGCUGCUGGAGGCGGAGCCCAACUGCGGGCACACGCCCAACGUGGACAUGCAGACGCCGCUGCACAUCGCCGCCCGCGAGGGCCUCGCCGACGUCGUCGACAAGAUCCUCGACCAGCCAUGGGUCCCCGAGAAGUUCGUCACCGCCGACAACGUCAGCGGCACCGCCCUCCACCAGGCCGUCCUCGGCGGCCACACCCGGGUGGUGGAGAUAUUGCUGAUGAAGACGGCGCCGGGGCUGAUCGACCUGACGGACGCCGUCGGCAACACGGCGCUGCACUUCGCGGCGCAGAAGAACGACAAGCGCAUGGUGCGGAUGCUGCUCGACCACAAGCCCGACCUCGCCCACCGCCGCAACGAGCGGCAGCAGUCGGCGCUCCACGUCGCGGCCUACUACGGCUCGACGGCAGCGGCGGCGGAGCUGCUCCGGCACAGCCCCGACGCGGCGGAGAUGCUGGACCGGGAGGGCCGGAACGCCGUGCACGUCGCGGUGUCGAGCGGCAAGGUGGACGCGCUCCGGUGCCUCCUCGGCCGCGUCCGCCCCGCCGAGGUGGUGAACCGCGGCGACAACUCCGGCGACACGCCGCUCCACCUCGCCGCGAAGAUGGCCCGCAUCAAGUCGGCGCUGAUGCUGCUCAGGGACCCCCGCGUCGACCCCUGCCUCCUCAACCGCGAAGGCCACUCGGCGCGCAGCCUCGUGGAGGAGCGCGUCGCCGGCGGCGAGAUGGACGCCUACGUCGUCUACCUCUGGGAGAAGCUCAAGAAGUACGAGUCGCGGCGGUGCAAGAACCAGCAGCUGCCGCCGGUGGCGACGUACCAGUCGCUGCGCAGCCGGCGGCCGGGCUCCGGCAGCAACGACGAGUACUUCGAGCUCAGCGUCGGCACCUACACCCUCGUGGCCACCCUCAUCGCCACCGUCACCUUCGCCGCCACAUUCACCAUGCCCGGCGGCUACAACCAGAACACGGGGCUCGCCAUCCACGCCGACAGGGCGCCGUUCAAGAUCUUCGUGGUGUCCAACACCGUCGCCAUGUGCAGCGCCAUCGUCGUCGUCUUCUGCUUCAUCUGGGCGUGGAGGGACCCCGUCAAGUUCAAGCUCGACCAGCUCACCUGGGGACACCGCCUCACCGUCGUCGCCUGCCUCGCCAUGAUCGUCUCCCUCAUGACGUCCGUCUACCUCACCGUCCUCCCCACGGAGCGGUGGCUGGCGUACCUGGUCAUCGCCAUCGGAGCCUGCACUCCGGCCGUCGUCAUACUCAUACUGCGCUGGGAGGUGUUCUACGUGCCAUUGUGAUCGAUCACAAAUAUCACUAGGGCUGUGUUCUUUGUUCAGUCUUCCCAACUCAUCUCUCUCGUGUUCCGCGUGCACGUUUUUCAAGGUGCGCUUUUUAAAAAAGUUUUUAUACGAAAGUUGUUUAAAAAAAUCACAUUGAUCCAUUUUUUUAAAAAAAUUAGCUAAUAUUUAAUUAAUCACGUGCUAAUGGAUUGUUCCGUUUUUCGUGCUUAGAGGAUAGGUUCCCAAUCCAUAGAAAAGCAAUUAAUUAAUCCCACAAGUUAAUUAGUUAUAUUAACCCCCGCAUAUUUAUGCUUCUAUUUGUAGUAUUUUGUGAUUAAUUAACUGUAUGUAUUGUCAGCUGCUCAGUAAUUGCGGUUGUUACUAGUAGCAAUAUUUUUGUGACUGUCAUUCUUUGAAAGUGAGAUUGCUUGCCGAUGAAAUUGAGCAAUGAACUGGAAGUAAAUUAUUUCCCCCCUCGAAGGGGCAUCCUCUCAUACUGUGCAUGACGUUUAAAAUGUCAUAAAAAAUAAAAACAUUCUAAGAUAGAUAUAUUCUUUUCACAAACACGUAAAUUAAAA